UCUCUCCUCUGUAGUUCAGUUCUCCUUUAUCCUGAAGAUCUCAGUGUGUUAAGCGUCCAUCAGGAUGUACAGCUUCAUGGGAGGAGGCCUUUUCUGUGCCAUUGUGGCCAACAUCCUCCUGGUGGUGUCAACAGCUACUGAUUUCUGGAUGCAAUACCGCCUAUCAGGCAGCUUUGCUCACCAGGGCCUGUGGCGCUACUGCAUGUCGGGCAAAUGCUACAUGCAGACCGACAGCAUUGCGUACUGGAACGCCACUAGAGCCUUCAUGAUCCUGUCAUCGAUGUCAUGCUUCGCUGGAAUCAUCGCUGGCAUUCUGUCCUUCACGCACUUCUCUGGAUUUGAGAGAUUCAAUCGUUCCUUUGCUGCAGGGAUCAUGUUUUUUAUUUCGACUCUAUUUGUUUUUCUGGCCAUGGCAAUCUACACCGGGGUGACGGUAAACUUCCUGGGAAGGCGCUUUGGUGACUGGCGUUUCUCCUGGUCCUACAUACUCGGCUGGGUUGCUCUGCUUAUGAACUUCUUUGCAGGUAUCUUAUACAUGUGUGCCUACAGGAUGCACGAGUGCAGGCGAGUCGCUGGAUCACGUUAGAUGGAUAAAGUAAUUACUAAGAAUAAAUAAGAAUAAUCCAAACACGAGAAGGAAUACAUUGUAAUAUGUUGUUAGUUUGCUUAACCUAAGUAAUAGUAAAUAUGAAACUGUAGGAAGAAUGAGAAUGAGAAGUUAGCAAACUUCUUCAAGGAAAAUCAAGUCAU